AUGAACACUCGGGAGCUCAGAAAACGGAUAAGCGCUCUGGAUCGGUCUAUAUCCAUCCUUCAAGACCAGCUGCACUUGCUUGAAGCAGAGAAAGCGGACCUCGCGACCCAGCUCUGUCGAUCGACGUACCCCGUCGAAUCCCUGCCUCCCGAGAUCAUAGUCCACAUCUUCGUGGACUACAUCGCUGCGCUGGACAAACCCACCCUGUUCCCCGCCUUCCUCGGGGUGUGUCGCACAUGGCGGCAGAUCGCGUUGGGCACUGCGGGGCUGUGGAACGACAUCGUCAUACCCUGGCAACACCCGCAGCCGGACGUGCUGCUGCAGCGCUGGGUGGAGCGCGCGGGACCCCGCAUCCCCCUCGACAUUUAUAUGGGGCUAGAGACGACAGAGCCCGUGCUAGCGGUGCUGGGCGCGCACGCGUCGCGCUGGCGGCGCUUAGUGCUGAGGAUGAGCAUGCGGUCGACGCUCGCCGUGGCCCCAGGCGAUGGAUCCGGAUCGUGGGAGUGCCUUGAGGAGCUGGAUGUGCUUGCGGACCUGCAGCACGCGGCGGUACUGAGCCCUGUGACGGGGCUGUUCAGCGCGCCGCGGCUGCGCCGGGUGUGCGUCCAUUCGUUCCCCGCGACGCAGUUCGUGCUGCCGUGGACACAGAUAACGUCCCUGGCGCUUCUAAACCAGUCGCUCGCGCAGUGCCUCAUGAUCAUCUCGCAGACGCGCCAGCUGGAGGCGCUGCACGUGUCACUGACAAACCGGAACACCAGCCACCACCCGAUUUCACUGGUGCUGCCUGCGCUGCGGCGGUUCAAGAUCGAGCGUGAUGCGGUGCCGCCGAUCCUCGGGUACAUGACCCUGCCGCUGCUCACGGACCUUGAUGUUAGCGGACAUGUCGACGGGGUGAUCUCGCUUGUGAUGCGUUCAGGGUGUACGAUCACCCACCUCCGCCUGUCUCAUAUGUUAAUGGACGAAGACCCCGUCUACGCGUGCCUCAGAGCUUUGCCGGGGGUCACGCACCUCGUGGUGGCGUCACCGCGCACGGAAGACUUGGCGGACUUCCUGUGGACCCUCGCUGACGCUUCCUACCACACGCAAGACCCUCCCGUGAUACUGCUCCCCAUGCUGCAGUCUUUUGUCCUGAAAAAUUGUCUUGAUGUCCUAGAACUGGAGAGCGUCGUACGCCUACUCGAGACGCGCUGCAGACAGCGGGAGGGCUACGCGUUGCCCACGGCUUUGCUGCGAACCUUUCGUGCGACCUGGGGAGAAGACGUAGACGAGGACGAGGGGUUCAAGGACCCGAUACCCGUCAUCAAACAGCUGGUGCGCGAGGGGCUUUCGCUCCAACUCGAUAUGCCUCAGUACUGGCAAUCUCAGGAGUUGAACUGGCAUAUGGUGAGUGUCGGCCUAUCCUCGCUACGGGUCUCAUGUCUGCAGAUUCAGGAAUUGAAACGGCUGGACUGA